UAAAAGCCAACAGGAAAACUCGCUUUCAAUAAACCCAGCACAAAGACGCCGCUCUAAUCUCAGCCACCCUGUUUUAUGUACAAAAAGCACCGAGAAACAGCCAGUUAACACACUCAACCAAGGAUCCAAGAAGGCGUGGGGCGAAGAUGGCUUCCCAGGGCAAGAGCAAUAAUAAUGGCCUGGCCAACAAGGUCACCACGGUGAUAGCCACCAAUGCGUACGGGCCGGACGUGAUGACCGAGAUCAGCUACACGGACGCCAAGGUCGUUGGCAACGGCAGCUUCGGCGUGGUCUUCCAGGCCAAGAUGGUGCCCUCCAACGAGCAGGUGGCCAUUAAGAAGGUUCUGCAGGACCGGCGCUUCAAGAACCGCGAACUGCAGAUCAUGCGGAAGCUGCGCCACGACAACAUCGUCACCCUUAGGUACUUCUUCUUCUCCAGCGGCGAGAAGCGGGACGAGGUCUACCUGAACCUGGUGAUGGAGUUCAUGCCGGAGACGCUCUACAAGGUGGAGCGCCAGUACGCCCGGGUCAAGCAGACGCUGCCGGUGAACUAUGUCCGGCUGUACAUGUACCAACUGCUGCGGAGCAUGGCCUAUCUGCACAGCAUUGGCUACUGCCACCGGGACAUCAAGCCACAAAACAUGCUCCUGGACACGGAGUCGGGUGUACUCAAGCUAUGCGACUUUGGCAGCGCCAAGCAGCUUGUCCAUGGGGAGCCCAAUGUAUCCUAUAUCUGCUCCAGAUACUACCGCGCCCCGGAGCUCAUCUUCGGGGCCACAGAGUACAACACCAAGAUCGACGUGUGGAGUGCCGGCUGCGUCAUGUCCGAGCUGCUGCUCGGACAGCUUCUUUUCCCGGGCGACUCGGGCGUUGAUCAGAUCGUGGAGAUCGUCAAGGUGAUGGGUACGCCGACCUCGGAGCAGCUACACGAUAUGAAUCCGCAAUACAAGCAGUUCAAGCUGCCGCAGCUGAAGCCACAUCCCUGGGCCAAGGUCUUCAGGAUCCGCACGCCGGCAGAGGCCAUUGACCUUGUAUCCAAGAUGCUCAUCUACUCGCCCAAUGCCCGGGUCUCACCGCUGAUGGGCUGUGCGCAUCCCUUCUUCGACGACCUUCGUCACGAUCCGACCCAGCAGCUGCCGAAUGGCCGGCCACUUCCGCCGCUGUUCAAUUUCACGGAAUACGAGCGAACGAUCGAGCCGGACGUCAUGCCGCUGCUCCAGCCACAUAAUAUGUCGGCCUCGGCCUCAGGCAGGGAGCAGAACUCACAGCAUAAUCGGAAUCGCAACGCGGCCGGUGAGGAGAAUUCUCUGCCCAAGCAGCCGGCUUCAUCUCGUCCAAAGACCCCGGAAACGGCGGGCAAAAGAAACCCUGCACAGUUGGAGGCAGCGCCAUCGCUCCUCCAUCGCCAAGACCUUGGCAACGGCGACCAUGUGGCGGUGGGCUCUGUGCCAUUGGAAACCUUUAACCUGGCGGAGCCUCACUCGCCGGAGAGCGAGGAGGCGGAAGCCAGUGCUGAAGACAACCUGGACGAAGAUGGUGCGGAUGAGCAGGACACUGACGAUGACGAGGACGAUGAUGGGCAGUUCAAUAGCGCCGACAGCAACACCAUUAGUGAUGACAUGGACGAUGGCUCGGAGGACGACGACCUAGAGGAUGACGAGUAGCGCACCAGCAUUUAGCUUUUCAACAGAUUCCUUUAUAACCCAGUAAUAUUCAUUAAAUCAACAAAAUUCCAAUUGAAGCAAUAAAAUAAUAAAAAUGGUACGUCAUUUAAAGAUUCUCAUAAAAA